AUGGUUCGCGGAAGUCGCGCUAAGGGAGGCGUCUCCAUUGUACCUGAAGCUGGGACAACUGCUUCUCCUUCCUCGAGCGACCGUAGCACUCCUCCUCCAAGCGACGACGGUACCUCUGAUGAAGUUCGUGACUAUUUCUCGCAAGAAAAGUUUAAUGGAUUUGUCCCAGACCCUGAGGACGAUCUCAUAGCGAAACUCAGCAAGCUUUCGAUCCACCAAGGUUGGUCCAAGAGUGAGGCGAAGCGUCGUCGCGCGGAGGUUGUUGAGUUCGAGGUGUCUCGACACUACGGCCCCGACAAGUCGAAACUGGAAAACUGGCAGAAGCUGUGUCGUGAUGUCAAGAUCGAACCUGCUCUUUCACGCGUCUAUGUCAACAUCUUCAACAUCCUGGACCAUCUAGACAAUCCCCAGCGCUACGAUGUCAUUGUAUUCAAGAACUACAAGCUCUUCCGUGCAUAUACGCUCAAGAGCCGCAUCUUCCCUUUGGAUCAGGCUAAGGAGGACGGCUUUGUCAAGGCUCUGCUUCGCCCGCUCUAUAUGAAGAGGAAGUAG